AUGCUCCUACUAUCCUACAGCUGCCAAACUGCGGCCCUGGGGGCGAGACGCUUGCACCGGUCUUUGCUCGCUCUUGACUUUUGGUUGGUGGUGUUCAGUGGGUUCGGUGGCCCGACGCCCUUCCGGCUCCGGUUCACCGAGGUGAAAGCUGAAGUCUACCGCGCAGAGAGCGGCGGCCGCGCAGUCGACCACGUGCCCCGCGAGAGAACAGCGCCAACGGCGAGCGUGCAGGUGCACCCCCUGCCUUUGACAGAAACACAGGCUCAGAAUCGAGGCUAUCCGGCGGCGCUCGCGAUGAAGGUGUGGGGCGCGCACGGCGAGUUCUGCGCGCGGCACCAGUGGGAGGUGAUCGUGGCGACGCUGGCGCUGCUGGCGUGCGCGGCGAGCGUGGAGCGCGGCGGCGCGGCGGGGCGCGUGCAGCGCUGCGCCGGCUGGGCGCGCGCCUGCCCCGGCCUCGAGGCCGAGUACCAGGCCGCGGACGCCGUGGUCAUGACCUUCGUGCGCUGCGCCGCCCUGCUCUACGCCUACUACCAGGUGUCCAACCUGCAGCGCAUCGCCUCCAAGUACCUGCUCAUCAUAGCGGGCGUCUUCUCCACCUUCGCCAGCUUCAUCUUCACCUCGGCGCUCGCGAGCCUCUUCUGGAGCGAGCUGGCGAGCAUCAAGGACGCGCCCUUCCUGUUCCUGCUAGUGGCGGACGUGGCGCGGGGCGCGCGCAUGGCCAAGGCGGGCUGGAGCGCCGGCGAGGACCAGGGCAAGCGCGUGGGCAAGGCGCUCUCGCUGCUGGGGCCCACCGCCACCCUGGACACGAUGCUGGCGGUGCUGCUCGUGGGCGUGGGCGGCCUCUCGGGCGUGCCCAGGCUCGAGCACCUGUGCACCUUCGCCUGCCUGGCCCUCCUCGUCGACUACUUGGUGUUCGUGACCUUCUACCCGGCCUGCCUCUCGCUGGUGGCCGACUUCGCGUCGGGGCGGAAGGAGAUCGCCGCCGACGGCCUCUUCUCGGAGGCCGAACUCAAGCCGAACCCCGUGGUGCAGCGGGUGAAGAUGAUAAUGGCCGCCGGGCUGCUGUGCGUGCACCUGACCAGCCGCUGGCCCUGGAGCCGCGACGGCGGCUUCUUCGAGGGGUCGCUCGGCGACGACCUCAAGCCCGCCAACCAGGAGAACGUGCUCUUCCACUCGUACGUCAAGUGGUUCUCGGUGAGCGCCGACUACAUCGUCAUCGCCACCCUGCUGUGCGCGCUCAUCAUUAAAUUCAUAUUCUUCGAGGAACAGAAAAACUGGAUAAUCGACAUGAACGACAUGACGGUCAAGGAGGUGGUCCAGAACGAGAAACCAGUGUUCUCGCUCGGCGAGGAAACCAAGAGCGACGUAUGUACCCAAACGGAGGAGCCCAUACCGAGCGAGGAAGCCGAGUGGCCCGUUCUAUCGCCGAGCUCCUCCGCGGCAAAGCUGAACGCGAAGAAGCGCUCGAUGGCCGAGUGCCUGGAGAUCUAUCGCUCGGAAGGAUUCUGCACAUCACUAAGCGACGACGAAGUCGUCAUGCUCGUCGAACAGUCGCACAUACCGCUGCACCGGCUGGAGACAGUCGUGUGCGACCCGCUCCGGGGGGUCCGGCUACGCCGCAGGGUGGUGGCGGCGAGGUUCCAGAUCGAUUCGGCCAUAAAACAACUGUCCUAUCUUAACUACGACUAUAGCAAGGUGCUCAAUACGUGCUGCGAAAACGUCAUCGGGUACGUGGGAAUCCCUGUGGGCUACGCGGGGCCGCUGGUGGUGGACGGCAAGCCGUACAUGAUCCCCAUGGCGACCACCGAGGGGGCGCUGGUGGCGUCCACCAACCGCGGCGCCAAGGCGAUCGGCGCCAGGGGCGUCACCAGCGUGGUGGAGGACGUGGGCAUGACGAGGGCGCCCGCGGUCAAGCUGCCCAACGUGGUGCGCGCCCACGAGUGCCGCCAGUGGCUGGACAACAAGGACAACUACGCGAUGAUCAAGGAGGCCUUCGACUCCACGUCCAGGUUCGCGCGGCUGCAGGAGGUGCACGUGGGGGUCGACGGCGCCACUCUCUACCUGCGAUUCAGAGCGACCACCGGCGACGCGAUGGGCAUGAACAUGGUCUCGAAGGGGGCCGAAAACGCUCUGAAGCUGCUCAAGAACUAUUUCCCCGACAUGGAGGUGAUCAGCCUCUCCGGCAACUACUGCUCGGACAAGAAGGCGGCCUCGAUCAACUGGGUGAAGGGGCGCGGCAAGCGGGUGGUGUGCGAGACGGUGAUCGGCCAGGAGAGCCUGCGCAGCAUCUUCAAGACGGACGCGAGGACCAUCGCGCGCUGCAACAAGAUCAAGAACCUGUCGGGCAGCGCGCUGGCCGGCUCCGUCGGCGGCAACAACGCGCACGCGGCCAACAUGGUGACCGCCAUCUUCAUCGCCACGGGGCAGGACCCCGCGCAGAACGUGACCAGCAGCAACUGCUCCACCAGCAUGGAGGUGUGCGGCGAGGGCGGCGAGGACCUGUACGUGACGUGCACCAUGCCGUCGCUGGAGGUGGGCACGGUGGGCGGCGGCACGGUGCUGGCCGCGCAGGGCGCCUGCCUGCAGAUGCUGGGCGUGCGCGGCGCGGGCCCGCGGCCGGCCGAGCACUCGGCGCGCCUCGCCGCGCUCGUCUGCGCCACCGUGCUGGCCGGCGAGCUCAGCCUCAUGGCGGCGCUCGUCAACUCGGACCUGGUCAAGUCGCACAUGCGCCACAACCGCUCCGCCGCCAACGUGAGCGCCCCCGCCGCCCCCGCCGCCCCCACCCUCCCGCUGCCCGUGCCCGGCUUA